AUGUUGAGAUCAACCGUCACUAAGCUCUCAGUUCGUCCAUUUUCCUCCACUGCCAUGAAGCUGAGAACCGAGAAAGACGCCUUCGGCGAUAUCGAGGUUGCCAAUGACAAGUACUGGGGUGCCCAGACUCAAAGAUCUCUCCAAAACUUCAAAAUUGGUGGUGCCAGAGAAAAAAUGCCGGAGCCAGUCAUCCAUGCUUUUGGUAUCCUCAAGAAAGCCGCAGCCAUAGUCAAUACGGAGCUGGGUGCUUUGGACCCAAAGUUGUCGUCUGCCAUCCAGGAGGCAGCCACUGAAGUUGCUGACGGAAAGCUGCUGGACCAUUUCCCAUUGGUUGUUUUCCAAACCGGAUCUGGAACUCAGUCCAACAUGAACGCUAACGAGGUCAUCUCUAACCGUGCCAUUGAGCUCUUGGGAGGAGAGCUGGGAUCAAAGAAACCGGUCCAUCCAAACGACCACGUAAACAUGUCGCAAUCCUCCAACGACACCUUUCCAACCGUCAUGCACAUUGCUGCAGUUACAGAAAUCUCCAACCACUUGAUCCCAGAGCUGACUGCUUUGAGAGACUCCUUGCAGGCCAAGUCCGAGGAGUUCAAGGACAUCAUCAAGAUUGGUAGAACCCAUCUUCAAGAUGCUACUCCUCUUACUCUGGGUCAAGAGUUCUCUGGAUACGUCCAACAGCUCACCAACGGUAUUGCCAGAGUCGAGAGGUCUCUUGAGAACCUGAGAUUUUUGGCACAGGGUGGUACUGCCGUUGGUACUGGUUUGAACACCAAGAUUGGUUUCCCAGAGAAGGUUGCUGAGCAGGUUUCCGUCCUGACCGGUUUGCAAUUUUUCACUGCUCCAAACAAGUUCGAGGCUCUGGCUGCUCAUGAUGCCAUCGUCGAGGCCUCUGGUGCUUUGAACACCGUUGCUACGUCUCUGUUCAAGAUCGCCAACGAUAUUAGAUACUUGGGAUCUGGUCCAAGAUGUGGAUACGGUGAGCUUUCGCUGCCAGAAAACGAGCCUGGUUCCUCCAUCAUGCCUGGUAAGGUCAACCCUACCCAGAACGAGGCCUUGACCAUGGUGUGCACUCAGGUCUUUGGUAACAACGCUGCCAUCACCUUUGCCGGUGCCUCUGGUCAAUUCGAGCUCAACGUCUUCAAGCCAGUUAUGAUCUCGAACCUGUUGUCGUCGGUCAGAUUGAUCGCCGAUGCCUCUUACUCUUUCAGAGUUCACUGUGUUGAGGGAAUCAAGGCCAACGAGACCAGAAUCUCCCAGUUGUUGAACGAGUCUCUCAUGUUGGUCACCGCCUUGAACCCAAAGAUCGGUUACGAUGCUGCCUCCAAGACUGCUAAGAAUGCCCACAAAAAGGGUUUGACCUUGAAGCAAUCUGCUCUUGAGCUUGGUGUUCUUACCGAGGAGGAGUUUGACGAAUGGGUCAGACCAGAGAAGAUGCUUGGACCUAAAUAA